AUGGUUGUCAACAAUGCCGUCGUCCAGAUCAACGAAGCAAUCAUCAAGGCUUUUGACAAGGCCGUUGAAAAUGCGAUCGAGGAUACCAUCCAAAGCACAGUUGAACGUACCGUGGAGAGUGCGGUCGAGAAGGCAGUUGAAAAGACCGUCAAAAAGGCCAUUCACUGUUCUGUCGAAGACUCUGUUGAGAAAGCCGUCGAAAAACCCAUGACUAGAUAUCUCGACCGUUCUCACGUCCCUGCUUCACCUUACCUUAUUGAACAGCACGACACCAACCAGAAUAUCUCAGAAGCCGAUGUUGUUAGCGAAAUCCCAGAAACUCAGCGGGACUCCAUGGAAGUUAAGACAGUGACAGAGGACGUUCCAGAAGCCACCGAUCACAAGCAUGACGACGACUAG